GACCCCGCCGUCGAGCGAUGGAACACCAUGCGCGAGGCGGUGUACAAGAACUUCCGCUUCAACAUGCGGACAGCGAGGCAGUCCAUCCUGGGCAUGAUUGUCUUCCCUGCCGCCAUCUUCACUAUCGCCUACAGCCAAGACUGGAACUGGGUUGGCAAGCGCAAGGGCGAAUCUCUUGCACGUAUCGCGCCCGCACCCGAGGCCUCAGACUGA